CUACCCGGACCCGCUUUUCACGCGCUAACUCGGCCCAGCAAAUUUGCGAGCCGAUCUCCAUCACGUGCCGCCCUAUUACCCCUUCUCCACCCCCAGGAAACAAGUAUCCAGGUGGCUAGAAUGGUAUCUCUGUUAUCAGCGAUUCAGAAGCGAGGGCGCUGAGAUAGACACUCCACCAUGGGUUGGCUUUCAGGUAUAACUUGCUGAGGCCUGACCACUCUUAUAAUCCUCGCAUGUCCUAGGCGUUUCUGCAUCCGGAUUCUCCCUUUAUUUACCGCAUAGCACGCAUUCGACUUAUCCCUGUGAGCGACUGCAACCAUGACCGACAUGGAGAAGACCGCGUCAAACCCUCUCUCUGAGAAGUAUACGAAUCCCGAAACGUCCGUCACAGCGUUACCCGAAUAUGACGAAUACCUUGGGCUGUGCGAGGUCAUCACGGGAGACAAGAUGAAGAAACUGGCUCGCAAGAUCGACGUUCGCGUGCUGCCGCAAUUGAUCAUUCUGUACCUCAUGUCCUACGUUGACCGAACAAACGUUGGAAAUGCGAAACUAUUCGGCGCGCUCGAAGAUAUGGGCAUGUCUGGGCAGCAAUGGAAUACCGCACUGUCUGUCUUCUUCGUCACGUACUCUCUGGGUGCAGUGCCGGCGAAUAUCGCACUGCAAAAGCUGGGGCCGCGGAUCUGGCUGCCUACGAUGAUGCUUUCGGUCUCGAUUAUCCUGAUUUGCGCUUCUUUGCAGAGCACCUUCGCGGGCUGGACGGCUUUCCGCGUGCUACUUGGGGCGGUUGAGGCUGGUGUGUUUCCGGGGUGUUCGGCGGUACUUACAACAUGGUACUCGCCUCACGAAGUCCAUACGCGCAUGACAAUCUUUUACACGGGGGCCUCGGCCGCUGGUGGCUUCUCCGGCCUCCUUGCAUAUGCGAUUGGACAGCUUGAUGGUACAUGGGGUUACAGAGGAUGGCGCUGGAUCUACUGCCUUGAAGGUGCCUUCUCAGCCGUCCUCGCAAUCGCCGCUUUCUUCAUCAUACACGACACUCCAUCAAAGGUCUUGUGGCUCACGGCAGAGGAGAAGCGCUUUCUAAUUCUUCGCCAUAAGUUCUCGGCUGGUGGCGAGUCUGGGAUUGCAGAGAAAGAGGAGUUUUCGUGGACCGCUGCCCAUCAGGUCUUUAAGUCCUUCCAUGUCUAUGCAUGUGUCCUCAUAGAGUUUACCCUCUGCGUUGUAGUCUAUGGCGUCUCCUUCGUCCUCCCUACUAUCAUUAAAAAUCUCGGAUACUCCGCCGCCAACGCUCAAGCCAUGACCGUCCCACCCUAUCUGUUCGCCUGCGUCGUCACCGUCUUCUCCGGCUGGGCAGCAGACCGCUACAAGCAGCGCAUGCUCUCUGUCCUCCUCCCCAACCUCCUCGCUAUGAUCGGAUUCAUUAUUAUAAUCGUCAGUGUGCGGUACAAGCAACUACCUGGUGUAACACUCUUCGGAGUCUUCUUCGCUAUCGGCGGUCUCUACCCGAUCUCUCCCGCCGUGACUGCCUGGACGGCACUGAAUCUCGCCGGCACCAUGAAACGCUCCGUCGGCAUCGGCGCCAUGAUCGCCUUCUCGCAGCUUGGCGGAAUUGUUGGCUCUAACAUAUAUAUUGCGAGUCAAUCACCGCGCUACCCCGUCGGCUUCGGUAUUAGUAUUUCCAUGCUGGGUGUCUUUGGUAUCGUUUGGCCGGCUAUGUAUUUCUUCAUUCUGAAAAGGAUUAAUGCGAAGAGGACGAAGAUUCCAGUGGAAGAGGUGAGGGAAAAAUAUACGGAUGCGCAGUUAGCUGAGAUGGGGGAUGAUAGUCCGUUGUUUAGGUAUUCGACGUGAUCGAGGCGACAGGUGCCAGAAAAGGGUGGGGUUGGUAGGUGGCAUGCUGCAUUUCGCAAUGAAGGCAACCCACGAUCAGGGUGACGCAUGGACCGCUAGUGAGGCUGAGUACGCCUCGGAACAUGC